AUGGAUUUGGACGCAUUCCUCAAUAAAAAAAGCAAGAAGCUCGCGGGGAGCAAGAAAAAGGCAAAGACAGGGGAGCUCUCCGAGAAGGAGCGGGCAGAACUCGGUCUAGAUGUAUUCGGCGGCCUCGACACCGCCGGUGCGGACCCUAUUCCACUACCGUUGAUGACUGAACAAAACGUCGUUGGCAGCAGCAGCCCUGAUGGUAACAUCAAUAACAACAUCAUCAAGAGCGGCAAUGUGAAUAAAAACUCCACCGCAGCUUCACCCACAAGCCCACAAGAGGCCGUUGUAGCGCCACUCAAACCUGCACCGGAGGAACCCAGUGUUGAUAUCACCUCCACACCUACUCCCACUCCUCCUCCUCCUCCCACUACCACUACCACUACUACUAUUUUGGAGAAGGCGGAGGAGCCUGGUGUUCCUAAUGUGUUUGUGCGGGUGGUGAACACGUCGGAGCGGAAGGCGAAGGGAUGGGGCGCCGUGCGGCCGGCGGCGGGCUCCGUUGAGGAUCUUCUCGCACGAACCGCAGAGAAGUCGGGGCCGCAGAAAUUCGUCGCUCGUGGAAAUGAUGGGGCCACAGGGACCAUCGCCCCCGCACGCGGCCGGCCCCUCGCCACGGCGGAACUCCCAACACUCGAGGAGGUCGCGGCUGGUGUACCGCAGAAGAAUGAGGAAGAGGCAGAAACAGAGAAACCAACAACCACGGGAACAUAUAAGCCACCAACUGAUAAACCAUCCUCUGGAGCUUAUAAACCACCAACCGACAAACCAUCCUCUGGAGCCUACAAACCACCUACCGACAAACCAUCAUCUGGAGCUUACAAGCCGCCAACUGAUAAACCCUCGUCCGGAGCUUAUAAACCACCAACUGAUAAGCCUUCUUCUGGAGCAUAUCAACCACCAACUGAUAAACCAUCAUCUGGAGCUUAUAAGCCACCAACGGAUAAGCCUUCUUCUGGAGCAUAUCAACCACCAACGGAUAAACCAUCAUCUGGAGCUUAUAAGCCACCAACUGAUAAACCAUCAUCUGGAGCAUAUAAGCCACCAACGGAUAAGCCAUCGUCUGGAGUAUACAGACCACCAACAGAGCAGGCAACCAAGGUGGCAGAAGAAACUACCAAUGAUAAGCCAUCAACAGGGGUAUAUAGGCCACCAACAGAGAGAGCAUCUGCUGGGGUAUACAAGCCGCCUACUGACAGACCUUCUGCAGGAGCAUAUAAGCCGCCAACCGAUAAACCAUCCUCUGGAGCCUACAAACCACCUACUGAUAAACCAUCAUCUGGAGCUUACAAGCCACCAACUGAUAAACCAUCAUCUGGAGCUUAUAAACCACCAACUGAUAAGCCGUCUUCUGGAGCAUACAAACCACCAACUGAUAGACCUUCAGCGGGAGUCUACAAGCCACCCAACAGAACCAGCGCUCUCCCGCCAAGUUGA